GGGUGGGUUUCUGAUUUAUUUCAAACGGCCCCCUAAAAAAGACAACAAAAACAACAUAAAAAAAAAGGCCGAACAGCGAUAACAAUAAAACGCACGCCAAAACAGUUGCAUAACGACCAACCGACCGACAGUCUCCUACCCACAGAGACCAUAGUCGCAAUAUAAUUUUUUUUUUCAUCACUCGGCCGUGGCUUCUACGAUCAAUUCCUUGCGCCAAAUUGUGCCUGCUGAUUUGAACUUGGCAUAGCAUCGUGGUUUCGCUGAGAAAAUGGGCGAUUCCGGUGAAAAUUGGCCGGAGCCGGUCUCCUCCCUUCAGUCAAUGCAGCUGGAUCUUCCACCUAGUUGCAUUGAAUUUUGCCCUUUUGCGCCGUCGUACUUUUUAAUCGGGACGUACAACCUGGAGGGAUAUGAAGGUCCUGCUGCUGCCAGUACCGCUGAAGCGAAGGACGUCGAGGAACAGGAUGAGCAACACGACGAUCUCGAGGCUAGGGUGACAAGAGAGAAAGAAGGGCCACAAAACCGCAACGGAAGCAUUCUCACAUUUCAGCUUGUGGAUGACCAGCUAGUCCAUGUUCAAACGCUGAUGCAGCCAUCGGCCAUCCUCGAUCUUCAUUUCAACCAGGCACCUGGCAAGCAAGACAUCUGCGCCGCUGUCUCCAGCACGGCCACUCUGGCUCUGUUCCGGUUGAGUCCUGGGGAACCUCAGCCUUUGAGGCAUCUCAAGACCAUGGACAUGGCAAGUAUGUGCAAAACGGCGGAGGACUGGCUAGGUGACAAGGACGAGGUUAUCUUCACCCACCUCAGCUGGCAUCCCACCAAGUCGGACAUGGUUGCCGUAACCACAACUGCCGGCUAUGUACACCUGAUCUACCUUGGGGAUGAUCUUGUUGGCGGUGAUUGGGUAAUGCAUCCUGAGCCGAUCCUCACUCACACCCUCGAGGCUUGGUAUGUAUCCAUCUCUCCGUCUCUGAGCCCUCCUUUUUCCCAAGACAAAGAAGAGGACGACUCGUUUCUGCUGUUAUCAGGAGGGGAUGACUCGGCGUUGCGCUACCAAGUAUGCAAGCGCACUCGCGCCGAUGCGGUGGACGACGACGAAUCGGAAAGUCCCUAUACCAUUGAGGCGCUCCGCCCACCUGUCAACGUCCGAGGCCAUGGUGCUGGAGUAACGGCGAUAGUGCCCCUAGGGCUGAAGGACGGCGAAUCCGAGCUCGUUGUCACGGGAAGCUACGACGAUCACAUUCGGCUGUUCUCUAUCCCAGCCUACGGCUUCGGGCGGGCCGUCGAGCUGGCAGAAAGCAAUCUCGGAGGAGGCGUGUGGAGGGUGAAGAUUGUCAAAGAGGAGAUGGGCCUCUUGGAUGGGCAGGGUUGGCGCUUGACGAUGCUGGUAUCGUGUAUGCAUGCGGGCGCGCGGGUUGUCGAGCUUCUCAAGAGCGGCGCUAGGAAGUAUGAGUUCCGAGUGAUUGGGAGGUUUGAGGAGCACAAGAGCAUGAACUAUGGCAGUGAUUGUCAGCUGAGCGCCGAGGGGACUCUCUCAGUCGUGUCAACGAGUUUCUACGACAAGCUGCUGUGCCUUUGGAAGCUUGAGCUUGGACCUUGAGAAAUAGAAGGAGAUGGCAUUUUAAGGGUUCGGCGUGACGCAACUAUUCCCAAGCGAACGGUUUCAGUGGGGUGCAUGCUGCACAUGCAAUAUUUAGUUGUACAAGUACACACCUGUGUUGCGAGGUACUUCUGCCUCCCGAUAAGGAGCGAUAAGCUGACCGCCUUCUCUUUUCUCCCGUCUCCGGGCAUGUUCAAGAAGGUGCCCCUCCCGGUGGGCG